CCUCAAAUACGGUACCCCUUCCACCGGCAUCGCCUUCCUCAGCCCUCCAGCCUUAACCUGCCGCCAUCGUCCUUCCUGUGAAUAAAAUUAUUUGCUGACUAUACACAAGAAGAUCAACAUUUUGCCAAACCUUACUUCAACAUUUUCCUCUCCAGCUGCUUCGAGCUGCCACUUCCUUUGCAUUCUUUUGGUAUCUGCUGGGUCUCUUCGAACACACACAAAGAUGCCAGGGCCAACAAUGGAGUCAGAACUGCCAGUGGAACCACAAUCACUGAAGAAGCUCAGCUUUAAAUCCCUGAAACGGGCUCUCGAUCUCUUUUCUCCUCUUCAUUCUCAAUUGCCCCCUCCUGACCUUGAGAGCAAGAAGAUACGUAUGAGCCAUAAGCUACAUGUUGAGUACGGUGGAAUAAAAACCGUUCCAAACCAGCCUGCCAAAAAUGCCUCGCAAAAUCAAGUUGAGCCUUCGAACUCAAAUGCUCUGGUGCUACCAGGAACUGAAAGCUCUAAGAAGAAUGGUACUCAGAGUGAUUUAGCCCUUACUCCUGUUCAACCAAAGAACACAGGCGAUGGUAACUUGACUGGAAAAAGUACUGCCGUCAUUCCUGUUCAUGGGACUUCAGACAGGAAUCUCUCAACUGCAGCCCUUAUGGAGAGAAUCCCUAGCAGGUGGCCACGUCCUGUAUGGCAUGCUCCAUGGAAGAACUACAGAGUCAUCAGUGGCCAUUUGGGAUGGGUGAGAUCUAUCGCAUUUGAUCCAAGUAAUCAGUGGUUCUGCACGGGCUCUGCUGAUCGAACGAUCAAGAUCUGGGAUGUGGGAUCAGGAAGAUUAAGGUUGACACUCACAGGGCAUAUAGAACAAGUUCGAGGCCUUGCUGUUAGCACUAGGCACACCUACAUGUUCUCUGCUGGUGAUGACAAACAAGUUAAAUGCUGGGAUCUAGAACAGAACAAGGUUAUUCGGUCAUAUCAUGGCCAUCUAAGUGGUGUAUAUUGCUUAGCACUUCAUCCAACUAUUGAUGUUCUGCUUACUGGGGGUCGUGAUUCUGUUUGCCGGGUAUGGGACAUUCGCAGCAAGAUGCAAAUUCAUGCUCUAUCUGGUCAUGACAAUACAGUUUGUUCAGUUUUUACUCGACCUACGGAUCCUCAAGUUGUAACCGGCUCCCAUGAUUCAACCAUUAAGUUCUGGGAUCUUAGAUAUGGUAGAACAAUGGCAACUCUUACCCAUCAUAAGAAAUCAGUGCGUGCAUUGGCCCAGCAUCCUACCGAGGAUAGUUUUGCUUCUGCAUCAGCUGACAACAUAAAAAAGUUCAGCCUUCCAAGAGGAGACUUUUUGCACAAUAUGCUUUCCCAACAAAAGACCAUAAUUAAUGCUAUGACAGUCAAUGAAGAGGGUGUGUUGGCUACAGGAGGCGAUAAUGGGAGUUUGUGGUUCUGGGACUGGAAAAGCGGUCAUAGUUUUCAACAAUCUCAAACAAUCGUUCAACCUGGUUCACUGGAUAGCGAGGCUGGAAUUUACGCAUUAUCUUACGACAUAACAGGCUCGAGGCUCAUUACAUGUGAAGCCGACAAAACGAUCAAAAUGUGGAAAGAAGACGAAAACGCAACCCCUGAAACUCAUCCCGUCAACUUCAAGCCACCGAAAGACAUCCGUAGGUUUUAAAUGAAAACUCACCCCAUCAACUUAAAGCACCCCUAAAGCAAGUGGGUUUUAAGUGUGUUUUGGAACAUGCCCAGAAGCCGGAAUGAAGUUGGUUCGUCACCGGGUCCGUUGCAGGGAAUAUUUUAGAAGUUAUUUUCGGGUUUUAAAUUGUAAUAUUGAGUUAUUUAGUACCUGAAAAAGCGUUGUAUUAGGUUUUUUUGUGAUAAAAAUAGUAGUGACAGAAAUGGGACCAGUGUUUAAGAAAGGAGGGCAUUUGCAGGUUAGUUUUGAAAAUAUGCUUCCUGAAAGCUAAGUAGCAUGCAAGGUUCUCUACUUAUUUACUCAUGUUAUAAAGCGAGCGUGUUUGACUUGGUC